AUGUCGUCUGCUGUCGCGCGUCCUUCCACUCCAGUCAACGCACCGAGAACCCCUUCAGCGCUAUCUACGCCCGUUACUGGCACAUGGAAACAUCCCGAUUUGGACGAGAUCGUGAGGCGACAAAAUGCCUCCAACUUCACCGAUCGGAACAUGAGGAUGCUCAUGUACAAUUUUGGGGGCAUGGCUACGGUAUGGUUCUUUGGCAGGCAGCUAUGGAAUAGUCUUCCCAAUCUUCUCACUGAGGGAAAGCUGCUUCAUCCAUACUCGACGUGGAUCUACCACCUGCUGCAACUGGUCUUUUUGUUCAACAUUGCAUUUGCUCUUUUACCCUUGUUUCGAUCUCCAGACCAAAUUCAAGACAUCCCUCUUACGCCAGCCCAACGAAAGAUCCUUGGUCUCCCACCGAGUUCGACGCCAGCAACGCCCGAUACGAAAUUUAUUACUCCACCGAGAUAUGCGAGGACACCGACGCCAGUCAGUGGUUCUCCCAACAGCAGGGGCAGCUAUCCCAGCUCGCCAAUGUCUGGGAAAGGGAGUCCAAUGUCUGGCAGUGUAUCGGGUUCGCCAUUUUCUCCUAUAGCAAGUCCUUUGUUACAGAAAGCGAUGGGAGGUGGUAUGAAUGGGGCGAGGAGGCAUUCGUAUGGUUCUCCAAGUCCGUUGGGGCCUGGUGCAUCUAGAAUAAAUUUGCCAGAGGCUCCAGGGUCGCCGAGUCCGGCUGCGAAGGCACCGUCAGUCGGAUUGAAUAGUAAAUGGCUUUAUGAUAAAGGAAGGAGGAAUUCGGGGAGUAUUAGGCUUGGCUGA